GAGAUUUUGGACCGUUACAAUUGACUAUUAGAGCUACGAUUAUGGACCAUGGUGACCCAUGAUAUAGAUGUCCAGCUGAUCAAUGUUUCUGUGUAGUUACCGGGGCAUGAGUUCUUGGGCACCCAGCGUCAAUCGCUCAAUAAAUAACCUGGGCUGCCAACCCUGUCAGAAGAACAACAAGCAGAUAGCAAGAUGUCGGGGACCCACUGGCCGUCUGUUAAUGCGGAGUCCCUGCAAUUACAGCACUGGUAGGGUUUACCUCGUGCUAGUUAACUUACUGACUGCGAGGUUUGGCAAGCAUAGCAAAUAUAUCCUGGACACAGGUGGAUUUUUUGUUGCCGUAAUCGAAAGAAGUCAUGCCAGUGUUGCAGUGGAAGGGGAUGCGGAAUUAAUGUCCCGGAAGCCAAAAAGGCUAAGCUUGACCCUGGCAAUCACACAGAUAGAAAAGUUAUAUCGCGGUGCUGCGCCCCCAGCGAAGUACUUCAUCCUCGGCUAUGCCAAUGUCCGACAGUCCGAGAACGGUAGUUCACGUCCAUUGGUGUCGGACACACCAUCGAGGCAGAUGUGCUUGCUGCCUCCGAAGAAAGUUACAUUAAAGGGUGAAACCAAGCUUUCGGAUUCGUCGUUCAAGGAAAUGCUUUAUAACUUCCUCGGACCCAAUGAUCUUACCCCAGUGAUAUCCUGCAUGUUCGCGUUUCACAUCAUCGCCGUGGUCGUUGAACUCUAAUCUAUAUCAUUACAAAGAUC